UUGCAAAAUGCUUGGUAGCUUGUCUCCAUCUUGUGAUGCUGAUGAAUCAUUUUCUUUUCAGAACCGUGCAAGCAGAUUUGUGUGUGGCCAAUCUGGCUGUAAUGUUGAAUGGCCUUACGAGGAGGUUUGUAAAAUGGCUCUAUUGACCCCUGAAGAAAUGAAGGACUUUGAAACAAAACUGGCCUCCAAUGCAUUUCCUAUGAAAUCAUGUCCUGGAUGCAGAUCUUCAGUCGUGAGAAAGAAUGAAUCUAAUCUGAGGGUCCACUGCACAGUGUGCACAACCAACAAAGGACGGACCUUUGAGUUCUGCUGGCAGUGCCUGAAGGAGUGGAAGGGUCCAGCUCCACGUUCAGACCGCUGUGACAAUGAUGGCUGCUGCAAUGUGGCACUAAAACUAUUGAGAGAAUGUUCAGAUAUAAGCUUUGAGUCUGUGAAGGGGGUCGAGGGAUGUCCCUCAAUCCGAUCUUGCCCAACAUGUGGGGCACUGGUGGCGCACUGCAGAAAAUACUGUAAAAAUGUUGUUUGUCCCCGAUGUACGGUGGAGUUCUGUUUUGUGUGCCUGAAGCUCACUCAGAAGAAAAUAGAUCUCAAGGGCUAUUUCACACUUUGCUCCAGUGGUGUUGCUCCUAGACAGACAUCCAUACCGGUGUGGCAAAAAUAAUGUAACCAGCACUGAGCUGUAUACGUUUAUGCUUUUUUAUGUAAGAAUGACUUGCAUGUAUACGUGUGCCUUUGCUGUAUUGUCCAAUUUUUGUGGUUCUAAAAUCUUAUUUCUUCAAACAUCUGACAAAUAAACAUUUUGCUU